CAUGCGCGUCCGCAUACAGUCUUAGCGUUCCUGCCGAAGCACGAUGGCGGCGACGGUGGAGGCCGCUUCAACCCCAACCCCCGCCGCGGCUUCUUUUCUCUCCUUGGACCCGGAGCGGCAGCAAGAAUUUCAGGCCAAGGUGCACCAAGUACGGAGGACAGCCGCCCGCAAGAAUGAGAAGCUGACGCCUGGUGUCAUUUACUUGGGCCACAUCCCGAGGGGCCUUUUUGAGCCACAGCUCAAAGAAUAUUUUGAUCAGUUUGGGACAGUGACGCGACUUCGUCUUUCAAGGAGUAAAAAGACCGGAAACAGCAAAGGCUAUGGAUUUGUGGAAUUCGAAUGUGACGAAGUUGCUAAGAUAGUUGCUGACACCAUGAACAACUAUCUUUUCUGCGAACGACUCUUGAAGUGCGAGUUUAUGCCACCUGAAAAAGUGCACGAAAACCUCUUCAAAGGCUGCGAGCGGAAAUUCCGAAAGCCAUCGUACCCAGCGGUGAAACUUUACAAUCGAAAGCGAUCAGCUAAAGAGAAAGAAAAGAUGACGCAGCGGCUGCUGAGGAAAGAAAGGCUUUUGCGAAGAAAAUUGGCCGAGAAGGGAAUCGAUUAUGAUUUUCCUGGAUUUGCAGCUCAGUUGCCUGUAAAGAAAAAAAAGACCGUCUCAAACUCGGACACUAACAUGGAUGUAUCUGUGGACAGCGAGCUUCCUACUCCGGUAUGUUCACCGUCAGUACUUGAACAUCGAAAAUCUCUACCAGAUGAAAUUGAAGAGAAAGAAAUAAUUUUCAAACUGCCACCUGCAAGUGAAAAGGUUAAUGCUAAACAAAAAGCAAAGACAGCCAAGUCAAAGAAGAAAACUACAGCUCCUAAACAACGGAAAUGUACUACAUAAGCAUCAAGGACCUUAAAUAAAUAUGGAUUUUCCUA